UUGAAAUAUAUUUUUAAUUAAUUUCUAUACUCCCCUAAAAAUCUGAUAUUUAAUAUUAAUUUUGAAAAAAUGGCUCAAAAAGAUCAAGAUAGAGUUAAGCGUUUUCGGAUAAAUAAUAAAUAUGUUUAUCCUAAAGAUUUGUAUCCAUCAGAUAUACACAAUGAGGAUGGUAUUAAAAGUAUUAAACAGAAGCGUGCAAAGUCUAAAAAGAGUGAAUAUGAUAAUAAUUCCACAAAUGAACAUAAAUAUUCAUCACCGCUCUGCUCAACUGAAGAACUGAGAUCAAAUCACUUAUCAACAAGACGUAAAAGCUUAUUCCAUUCAAAUAGUUUCCUUGACUUGAAGAAUUUCGAUCUUGGUGGCAGUCAUUUUGAUGCUGGGCCUUCCAUUUACUUGAAGGCACAACGACAGAAACUCAAAAAUCAAGAGCAAAGGGAACAACUGGAGAAAUUGGAAGCGUAUAAUUUUCCACAGCAAAAAAAAUUAAAAUCGAAAAAGGGUUCGAAACAACUUAAAUCAAGAAAGCAUCAAUAUAGAAGAUAUGAGUAUUCUUCCAGUGACUUGGAAGUACUUCUGUCACCUAAAGGGAGUGAUGUUAGUUCGCAACAAACUUUCAGCGAUAUUCAAGAAAAGUUACGAAGUGAAGUCAGUUAUAAACAAACCGCCACUGACGCAUCUAUGUUUGCGAAAUUAUUGAAAUCCAAAGGAUUUGAUAUUCCGCAUACCUUACCAUUGUUUGAGGUUUUGCCAAUAGUGAAAGCCACUCCAAGCGCAGAAUUAAUUUAUCAAAACUCGUACAUUCUGGAUGGCAUCAGUUAUGAGUACAGUUUGAAAAAUAAAGUAGAUGGCAUUCGACCACAACUUAGUUUGGACUACAAGAAGUUGAAGAAAAGCAUGAAUUUACAGACGAAACCGACUGAUUGUGAUAUAAUUUUUGGCAACGCAAGAAUUAUUUUAUUAAAGAAACAAGACUUGGAACAAUCCCGACUUGGUUGGCUCAGAAAAUUGGAACUAAAGCAGAAAUUACCAAGAAAGGAAAUCCACAAUUGGUACGAUGAUGAAGAAAAUUUAAUCGAAAACUGUUGUUUUCCAUUUUUUAAAGAUAUUUUUAAUUUGAAUAGAAAGGAAUGGAACUGAACAAUAUUUAGGACAAUAUUUAAAUUUUUUUUUUAAAAGUUAAA